UUUCGAGCCAAAAAAAACAUCGCUUACUCGGAGCGAUGUUUUUGGAGCUGUCAAAAUAAUCUUUGCGAAAGAAAAACAAGGUAUUUACCGGCCUCCAAAAUGUCCAGCCUCGUGCGAUUGAGCAACGCGAUGUUGGUCCGGAAUCUGGUGAACCACUCGCUGCGCAGCACGCGCCUGAUUUCGUCCUCGCAAAAGAACCGCGAUGCGGCUACGAUCGACAUCCCGAAGAAGGAUACCACGACCGCAACCGCGACCGCAGCCGCCACCAACAAGAACUGGGUGAGCUACGGAUUCGAUCGCCACGACGAGGCCGAAGAUCGCAGUGCAACACACGCGUCUUUCUUCUUCGCCGUCACCCUCUGCCUCGUCCUGGGCGGCGCGUACUGGUCGUACCUCCCGGAUCCCCAGCUUCAAGACUGGUCGCAACGUGAAGCAUAUCUCGAGUUGCGGCGUCGCGAAGCUGCCGGUUUGGAACCGAUCAGCAAGGAUUUCAUCGACCCGGCCCAGAUCGUUCUGCCGUCGGACGAAGAGCUAGGAAAUACGGAAAUCAUUAUCUAAGUCGGUGGAACGAUGGCCAGAUUAUGUAACGGCGCCCAACAAGAAGUUCACGGGCAGGCAUGCUACCUUCGCCGCCGUUUGUAUAAAGCGCCUGCUGGGUGUGUGUGGAAACGUAGCCAGGUGUACCGAGCGAAGGUGCAGUGCUGAAAUUGUAAUAAAUAGGAAGUUUCUCGAG